AGUGAAAGUUUACUUCCUUAACUACGGAUGCCAAACCUUUGCCUCAAGGCUUUACUUUCCUUUUAAGAUAAUGUUAGUUGUAUUGGAUCAUGCUUUGGGAACACUUGCUUUGCCGGGGUGGCCUUUUUUUACUCGGAUGUAUGUUAAGUCAAACGGCAUCAGUUUUGACUGAUAGCGAAACUUCGCUUUUCAUUCACCUGAACGUGAACUGUGACACGCCCUUGUCCGACUAUGUGCCAGGAAGUGAAGGCAUGGAGCUUGUAGUUGCCGCAAGCUGGUGUCGAGCCACUCAAAAUCACCCCAGAUGCAUUGGCUUCACUUGUAACACAACAAAAGCGAAUUGUAAGAUAAUCCAGCCUCCUGUUCGUCCUAUCCAUUGUAUAGAGGGGCAUAAGGAGACCAACACGCUCUACGUGAUGCAUGAAUUCAUGCAACCCCAACCAGAACUGGCGCUGAUUGGCCUAAGUGACAGAAAAAUCAUCCCUACGUCAGUGGAUGGGAUUGCACCCAUUAUCAUCCCAACAAGUUCAAGCGGUCAAACCCCUUUACAAAUUCAAUUUGGAACUGAUAUUUUGGCUUGUCAAGAAAUUACCAAAGAAUGCCAGCUCUGGACAAAGGGAACCAACCAAUGGAACACCUUCCCGUCUUUGAGCAAAACCCAUAUUCAAGGGUCUAUGAGCCUUUUGGGUAACUCACCAAUCGUCAUCGGGGGUAAACAAGCCAAUAGGGAUUGGCACCAUGGAGUCGUGGAGAUUUUUGACUUGGCCACCAAUCAAUGGAUCUUGGGCCCUACCCUAUCGCCUGUGCGGCGAGGCCAUGCGUCAGUCGUUCUCAAUGAGACCUCGUUGGUAGUAGUUGGAGGAUAUAGUGGGGGAACCACAACCAAUUCAGUAAAGAUCUUGGACGUCCGCACCAUGACCUGGAACGAUUUAGAUAGCUUGCAGAAAUCGGCGGAUGAUAUGGCGUGUGGUUUGUUAAAUGUAACUUCAAUUCUAUGUAUUGGUGGAUGGUCUAAAUCUCCAAUCCCAGAGAUCCAGCGCUCUGCCUAUGUUUUGGACAUGUCUUUGUCCAAGCCAAAGUGGGAAGCAAAACCAUUGUUUGAUACCUCAGAACCGAUUAGAUAUGGAUUCAUAUAUCAUCUUCGAGACUCUUUGUUUAUCAUAUCUAUCUAUACAAGUAAUAACCAAGAAGCAAGGACAUUGAGAAGAAUGGAUUUGAAAGAGAAAAACCCUACUUGGAAUACUCUGGCACUUGAUCCAGAUUCAUCUUACCUUUAUGUGUCAUUUUAUCUUCUGCACGGAUACGAAUUAGAUCAUUGAUUUCAAUUGAUCAAUUCCACGGCAUAAUGAUUUGUUCUCUGAAAGAAAGCUACAUUUUGAAUUUGUACAGGAUUAGAGCGAUAAAUUGAGACAGUUUUGAACUUCAUCCAAAAUCUAAACGAGUGCAAGUGGAGAUCAAUUUGCAUUUUGCAUAAUUGUUUGGUGCAUAGCAGUCAACUUUUACUCACAAUGUUCUCCUUCAUUGUCAACCACAUGUUUAACCCGGCACAUGAAUGCCUUGCAGGCCCGACCGACCUCUGAGGGGUUUAAUUAGCCCAUCACUUUGGUUAUGGAAGACUUUGGAGAGAAUAUAUUUGCAUAAGGAGAGGCACAUGCCGUUCUUUGAAGUGCUCCCCAUAAAUAAAAAUCACAAGGAUUGAGAUCGGGGCUGUUUGGAGGCCAAUACUCAGAGGUCCAAAAGUAAAGAAUAAUCUCCCUCAACCAUCUUACCUCCAUCUUGGAAGUGAGGCCAGGGGCACCACCUUGUUGAAAUGUGUAGGACCUACCAUCUGUCACCUCGUCCAUCCAGGGUUUGACUGGCUACAUUUGCCAUCACAUCAAGGUACACCUCCUUUGUCACCUUUUGCUUUACACCAAAGAAGAGUGGUGACAUGUCGUGGCCUGUGGCCUGGCAUGAGCUGACAACCCCCAGCGCCAUAAUGCUUGACGGAUUUUUGCUGGUCAUGACGGCAGGGACAUCAUUAGGAUCAGCACAGAUGUAUCGGUCAUUUGUGCGUUAGUAGGCUUGGUCAACUGUGAAAAUUUUCUCAUAAAUGAAAAACUGGAUGUGCCCUCCGGUUGACCUCAAUGAUGACAAGAUUUUCUUCCCUCUCUCAACACGAAGUAGCUUACACCUCUCUGUGAGGAAAUGCUUCAUAGGACAGACUCUGGAGAGGAAGCCCAGGCCAUCUUUGAUGGCCUUUCUAAUGGUCCCAUUGCUCACAUUGUGGUUGUUUGCCAGGGUGGUGAUGGACGUGGUUGGGUUUGCGGUAAUUGAUCUUUUUAGUCCAGCAACGAAUCAUGGAGUUCAAAUUUUGGGCCUUCUAGUCUUGUACUCUGACCGGGUAGACUUGUCAGAUUCUUUAAAGGCCAUCAAGACCCUGUAACCAGUUGCCCUGGGGUACUUGACCAAGCGGACAAUAUUUGGUGGGCCAUGUCUCACGCGACAAAGUUGAAUGAUCCUUUCUUGUUCCAUUUUUAUUUACUGCUCAAUAUGUUGUAUUCGACGGCAUAUUUCUAUUAGAAUAUCUGAAACCUUUCAUUGAAAAAGUAACUGGGUUCUGUACUUCCAAUUCUUUUGGUUCUGGAUGAAAUUUGAAAUUGUCUCAAUUUAUCGCUCACAAUCAGUGCAUUGAGGUUUUAACUCCAUUUCUGGCUUCAGCUUUGACCAUUUUGGACUCAUGAAAUCGAGUCUCAAGGUGGAACCCUAUGCUCACGAAAGUGAACCACCAGAAAUUGCACAAUACAUAAACGCUGUACUUUGACAGUAAUUUUUUCUACUGUUCCCCCAUCUUGCUUAGUCAUCUCUCAUUGAUUGUGAUUGGCCCAAUUUAUGUACAUCGUUUAACCGUUAAUUCAAUGUUGAAGUUAUUUGUCCAUAUCCGUCAUCAAUGUUCAUUCAUGUUUUGGAGCUCACUGAGACAAACUUCCGUUUGCUGCUGGGUUUAUAUCCCAGGAAUUUGGCCCCCAGGUGUGACUUCCUUUGUUGCUCCUUGGUUGCUGUGCACGUGUUGUGUACAUGGUGUUUGUGGUGUGGGUGAGUGGUUGAAUAAAUGGGAAUUGCCAUUUUUUCAUUCAGUUUUGUUUGUUUUUUCAGCUAUUUGGUAAGAUGUAAUUGCUUGAAAACCUAUUAAGUUUAGUGCUCACUUUAUGUUUAGAUUUGGCAGUUUCUCUCUGAUCUUGAUUUGUAAUAUUUCUAGUUCCAAAUUAAUAAGUGUAGAGGUUGUGGUGCUUUAGUCUGACUGUACAGGUCCUUGAUAGUUAGAAAUUAUUGUUCCUUUGUGUUUUGAUUUCAUUUUGUGUUGGAUCAGUUCGUUGAGUUUAUUUCUGUUCCUCAACAUUCAUGAUGGAAGCUAUCUUUGGAAAAGUCAGUAAAGAGGCAAAACAAUGUUUGGCUUUUGUCUUCGCAAGGAAGGAUCCUUCCGUAGUCAAUAAGCCCUUUAUCAUAGAGGCUUUGGCUAUCUGGGUCAAUCAGACCAGGGUGCUGCUUGAAACAGGCUCACCCAGUGGUUGAUAAGUCGACUGAUUUGGCCAAUGUAGAAAGUGAAACAGUACCUUCUCUUGAAGUAGAGCAGGAAGCGACAGCUGUAGAGAAAAGUCUGUCCUUUUUACCUGAAGCAGCCUGUUCUGAAGAAGAAAAAGACUGUCAGUUUGACUACCCAACGAAAAGCAAUAAUCAAGCAAAUCUAACCUUGAAAACUUCAACUAUACUUGAAUUAUUGAGCCAAAAAACCUUUCUUUUACUUUUUUAUAACUUAUUUUUGCGUUUUCGGAUUUUUUUUUGUCCGAGGUCCUCUGAUUAGUAAUUUUAUGCGUUAAGACAGCUUCAAACAUUUUUCAAGUAAAUUUGUCUUUGUCCUUCAAUCUUUUUCAAAUGAUAUCUUUUAUUUUCAUAACCCGUUAAAAAUUGCAAAUGUUUUUAAAAUGGAGCUUUUUGAAGUCGUCUUUGUUUUUCUUCUUUCCAGUUUUUUGCGUGAGUAAGACUGGAAAGAACAAACCCUCCUCUUGCAUGAAAUAAGUUUAUCAGUUUUACGUCUGGUGUAAAUAGAAAAAUAUAUUCCUUCACAAUUCUAAAAUCCAAGCUGAAAUUUAGCACUUUUCUACGAAAAUGUAAUUCUGCGGAAUGCUACACGAAACAGCCUUGUUCGAGUUGUCCGAAUUUAACUUAAGUAGAUUUUAGAACAAGUGCUUGGUUGUACCCUUUUCUUUCAAGAGCACGGAGUGAAAAGACGUGUCCGAAAGUUCUCUCCAGUUACUUGGAGAAAAAAAUCACUGAGUUUUCUGCGCACCUGACGUGUCAAUUUGAAGUGAGAUGAAAAAAGCUACUAGAAGUAGCGCAAAAGACGUGUCAGAGGGGCCAAUUAGAGUGUUCCAUCACUUGUCCCAAAAAAUCAUUCUGAGAACAGUAAAGAAGAUAUUGCUUCAAGUGGACAAAAAAUCGGUAAUAUGUCAGUCGAGGACCUGAUUGGCGAGGUUCAAGCAAUUGAAAAGGAGAUGGAACAAAUGAAACUGGAGAACAACAACUUGAAGGAGAGAGUGGUGUCAGUGGAGCAGACUGUGGACAAGAACCAGAGGCAGGUCAAGAAAGACAUGGAGGAGACCGUUAAGGUUCACUGUGAGAGCAAAACUUUUGCAGAAAAAUUGAGGGAAAAUCUAAAUGUCAUCCCCGGCAAUGUGAUAUGGUGUGUGGCAGAGAUGCAAGACAGAAAACAGAACCUAGUGUUUGUGAUCUCCCGGUGAUUAGCAUGUUGCUCAUACUCUUUCCAUGUGAAUGUUAAUUCUAAUCAUGUAUAUAAAUGUGCACUAGUCAAAUACAAGUCAGUCACGAAGCGUAUACAACAUGGCGCGGUCGAUAGUCCGUCCGGCUGUGGCCUCCUGAUGUGUAGCUCUCCCCGUGCAGGGGAUUGAGCAUGAUGAGUGGCUCUCCCCGUAGAGGGGAGAUUAGAGCAUGAUUUGUAGCUCUCCCCGUGGAGGGGAUUGAGCAUGGAGGCAAUGGCCAAAGACCCGUGACCCAGACGUCUCGUGACCCGGUUGGCACCGUGAUCCGCCCGGAGGGCCUCGUGACCCUGGGAUGGUCUCGUGACCCCGGAUGACUCCCCCACCCCCUGUGUGAGGGCGGUGUGAUAUCCCGGUGAUGAGCAAUGUGAAUGUUAAUUCUAGUCAUGUAUAUAAAUGUGUACUAGUCAAAUACAAGUCAGUCAAGAAGCGUAUACAACAGUGUUCAGAGGCAUCAAAGAGCUGAAGGAAGAAGACCCCAACAAGCGAAAGGCCUAUGAGGAGGGGGAGAUCCUGAAGGUGGCCAAGAGAGCAGGAUUGCCGGACACCUUCAAAAGUUCCAUCUUCGCGGUGGGAAGGAGGAACUUUCGGCCUCUGUUGGUCAGGAUUUUCUCACAAGAUCUCCGAGAACAAGCGCUGAGAUCAAAAUAGAGCCCUUCGAGAACAGAAUAAGAAAAAUUCUGGAUCGAGAACUAGACGAAAUACAGAUUCGAUUCCGACAUGACCAAAGAGCAGACGGAUAAUUUGUACAAGAAAUGGGAGGAAGCACGUGCCAAGUCAAAAAACGGGCGACGGUACUUCGUGAUUGGCAAAGAAAGUCCUGUCCUGCAAUAGACGACUGAGGAGGUACAAUAAACAUGACUAGCUACUGCAACAUUGGAGGGCAAGAAAAUCAUGGGAAUCGGUUUCUCUCAUGGAAUAUUUGUCGUGGCUUAUACAGCAAC